GUUAAAGUUUUCAAGGCGGCUGCAGCUUGGGGAGAAGACACGAGACACUUGGGCUGAGCGCGCCUGCAGAGCUCCUUCUGCAAAGGUCAGCGGCGUGAGACGGCAAGAUUCUCUGAAAUCCAGGACCCAGCUGGUAUUCUCCUGAGGACAGAUCUGACCUGCUCUCCCAUCCCCCACUCUUGUCUCAGGUCACCUUACCAUGUGGACUCUGUCCGUUCAGGCCAGGAUUGGAGUUUUAAAAUAAGAUGGAUGAUUUGGCGUUACUUGAUCUUCUGGAGUGUCCCGUGUGUUUUGAAAAGCUCGAUGUCACAGCCAAAGUCCUCCCCUGCCAGCACACCUUUUGUAAACCAUGUCUGCAGAGGAUAUUCAAAGCACGCAAGGAACUGAGGUGUCCAGAAUGCAGAACCCUGGUCUUCUGCGGUAUUGAGGAGCUCCCAGCCAACUUGCUCUUGGUGCGUCUCCUGGAUGGCGUCCGAUCGGGUCAGAGCAUGGUGAGAGUGGGCUCCAUCCGAAGACCUGGCAUACUGACCUCUCAGGACCCAAGCAGGAAAACCAGGACAGAUCCCAGAGGUUCACAGCCUAGUCCAUACCGACUGACUCCCAAUGUCCGAAUCCACAUGGAUGGGGUGCCAAGAGCAAAAGCCCUAUGCAAUUACAGAGGGCAGAACCCAAGUGACCUGAGGUUCAACAAGGGAGAUAUUAUCCUCCUUCGAAGACAGCUUGAUGAGAACUGGUACCAGGGAGAAAUCAAUGGCAUCAGUGGAAUCUUCCCCACCAGCUCAGUGGAGGUCAUCAAGCAGCUUCCACAACCUCCCCCACUCUGUCGGGCUCUUUACAACUUUGAUUUGAGAGAUAAGGACAAAAGUGAGAACCAAGACUGUCUGACGUUCCUCAAGGAUGAUGUUAUCACUGUAAUUAGCAGAGUUGAUGAGAAUUGGGCGGAAGGCAAAUUAGGUGAUAAAGUUGGCAUCUUCCCCAUCUUGUUUGUAGAGCCAAACCUCACUGCAAGACAUCUGCUAGAGAAGGGCAGAAACCAUCGGUCAUCCCACAUAAAGAGCAUGUCCCUGAGAUGCUCUUCUCCUAGAAGCAAAGUGGCAGAAUCACCAGCCUUCAGUCGGGUCAUAGAAUCCAGGAGGAAGAAUCCAAGACAAUUCUCCAUCAUGACAGCCUUGAAUACCCUCAACAGAAUGGUCCAUUCACCCACAGGGCAACAGAUGGUGGAAAUAAGCUCCCCUGUGCUCAUCAGCUCCAGCAAUCCUUCUGUGGCAGCUCAGAAUUUUGAGAAGGUAGAGCUCCCACCUAACAGCCCUGUCCAGGAACAUCCGGCUGUGAUUCCAUGCUCUCUUGGGAAUUCACAGUGUCCUCUGCCUUCUCAGGUCAGCACUUAUUACAACACAUCUGGAUCCUUGGGACACUCUGCCGCGAUUGUUAACCUUCCCUGUUCCCAGCAGCACAUAUCAGCUAACAUGUUUGUUGCUCUGCAUUCUUAUUCAGCCCAUGGACCAGAUGAAUUAGAUCUUCAAAAAGGAGAAGGCAUCCGGGUCCUUGGAAAGUACCAUGAAGGCUGGCUUAAGGGUGUGUCCUUGGUCACUGGAAGAGUUGGGAUCUUCCCAAACAACUAUGUUGUUCCUAUUUUCAGGAAGACAUCUGGUUUUCCAGAUUCUAGGACUCCUCUCUAUGCCACAUGGACAUUAUCCACCUCUUCAGUUUCAUCACAAGGGAGUAUCUCAGACAAUGAUCCCAGACAAGGCCAUCCCUUUAAAUCAGUCUUUGUGCCAACAGCUGUAGUCAACCCAGUAAGAAACACAGGUGGACAAGGAAACUUCGGACAGACUUCUCUUCGGAAAGUACGGAGCAGCAUGAGAAAAAAUGGAUCACUUCAGAGACCAUCCCUGUCUGGGGCCCCGAGUGCCAUUGUUGGUUCUCUCAGGCGGACCCCAACAGUUUCAGUUCGAACCCAUCCAUUCACAUCUUAUCAGUCAAAAUCCACGCCUCCGCCACCUCCAACUGCCGCUGUGAUUGAGGUUGGUACAAGGUCUUCUCCAACCAGUGAGCCUGCCAUCAUUUUUGGAAGCAGAGGCACUGAUAGCAAGAUCCAUUCAGCCGCCAGCUCCAUCAUUGUGGAAACCAAAGAAGUCCCAGUCAAGAGUGAACCCCCCAUAAAACCACCUGCAUCAGCUCCACCAUCCAUCCUAGUGAAACCAGAGAACACCAAAGCUGGCACUGAAAAGCAAGUCAAAACAGUGAGAUUUCAAACCUAUAGCCCUCCUCCACCCAAACACCACAGCUUCCAUUCUACCUCUGGUAAACCUGAGCCGGUGGCCAUCUCCAAAGGAUCCCAGGCAGAAACAGGCCCUUUGUGCCAAGAGAUGACAACCUUAUUUGUCCAUCGAGGUGGAUCCCAUUCUGGGCAACAGGCAGACCACAGGAGAAAACCAAAGUAUUCAAAGCCCCUGACUCCAGUACUCCCUGCCUCUGACAUAGCCAUCAUACCCAGCAAGUGAAUCUCUGGUGUGGCUAUUCCUAAUGCCAAAAGAGGUACUGCUACUUUAUUCUUCCUGGGAUAAAUUAAGCAAGGAGUUGGAUACUGAAGAUGGAUAUCUGUUUGUCUGAAGAAUGCUUGAUGGAAAAAUCUGCAAUUAGUGUGAAAUUAUUUUAACAUAAGGGAUGCCACAGGUAUAUCACUGGGUUGGCCUAAUAUGAGAAGCAAUGAAAGUGAAAAACAGUCUGUAGUCAUCUACAGUAUUAAUAGGCGACGAGCCAGCAUGUGAAACUUGAGAUUCAUGCACUGGCACAGGUUACACAUCUUUGGCUUCUCUUGAGGGCAUGAAACCCCAGCUACUCCAUUCAUUCAUGUCUCUUUUCAGUAUGAACCUGGACAUCUUUCUGAUUUCACUAAUCUUGGCAUUUGAAUGGCAAAUGAAAGGGCUGGCUAGACCUCAGAUGACUACCAGCUCUCUGUCUGUCCUGUCUUUACUGUUACAAUUUAGAAUUAUGCAGAGGUUGUCUUAAUGCUCUGCUCAUGGAGCCAAAGAAAUUGGUGGGUAGGGCGGUUCCCCUUCAUCAUUGAAUCUUAAACCCAUCCUACCUUUCAUAGAUAACUUAGUUGACCACCUAUCUGCAGUCUUUUAAAGCUUUCUAAGACAGCUGAGUUCUUGGUAUUUUAUUUUCCUUCUAAGAGCCAGCAUUUCUUCACAAUGUCCCUAAUCCCCCUCCUCUUCCCUUGACUCCACAUUCAGCAUCCUUAGGCCCUGAAUCUGAAGCCUUAUUCUCUUCCAUUCCACUUUCCUGUGGUUUCAAAACUGCUCUUUCCAUCUGGAUGCCUCUGGGCAAGGUACUCUCUACAAUUGGGGUAUUUUGAUCAAAGAAAUGAGGACAUUGGUAAUGAACAAUCUUGGGCUAGAACAAAACACAAUGAGAAGGACAUGACCAGUUGCUAUGGUCAAUAUUUGAAUUAAGUGGAGGAUGAAAAGCAGUUGCAAUUGGACAUCUCCUCUUUGGUCCAAACCUUUAAUUUCACCAGGAACUCCUGGUAUGGAAAUUCCUCUCACCAAUGCCAGUCAAGAACUCAUCUAUAACUGAAAGUCUCAAAGAGUUGCCUGAGAUAUAAGAAUUUCACUGACUUGCUCUAGGUUGUCUAUACAGCCAGUAUAUGUCAGAGGCAGAAUUAGAAAAAACUCAGGUCUUUGCUUCCCUUCUGCCUCUCAUCUCCUCUUACUCAGGAACAAGUCAUAGGUUCAUAGGAUCAUUUAUUUAUACUGGAAAGGGACCUUGGAAGCCAUCAAGUCCAACACUCUCAUUUUACAGAUGAUGAAACCGAGGCAUAUUAGAAGAAAAGUGACACAGCUAGUAAGCAUAUGAGACAGGAUCUGGAAUCAGAUUUUUCUAACUCGAAGUCUAGUGCCCUGUCAACUAUGUUGCACUGCCAUAUAUCUCAUUUUACUCUGAUAUAAGUCAGCAAAAAGACAUGAAAAAAAAAGUUCCUAAAGAUAAAACAAGUGAGUUUAUAAUGCAAAAUUUGAGUUAUCCAUACUAGCUAGGAAGAGGGGACAGGUAGUAUAGCAUGGAUAAAUUAAAUUUCUGAAGAAUCCAAAAACUUUUUUUUUAACCUAAGCUUUUAUCUUCUCCUUUGCUUUGAAACUUAUAUAAGAGCUUUUUGGGGGGGGGGGUUAGGCAAUGGGAUUAAGUGACUUGCCCAGGGUCACACAGCUAGUGUC